AUGUCGCCUCCCACUAAUAUCCAACUCGGAUCGGAGAAGUCAUCAAGGACCGGUAUCAAGUCAUCGGCUUCGUCUAUGGGCCAGCAUGUGGACAACGAGCUUGAGAUGUAUAAUCAUGUGGAGCGAUCUUCAAUGGCUCACCCCGGACGUGACGUGAUAAGAAAACUACUUGACAUAUUUGAUAUCGUCGGACCACAGGACAAGCAUCGAUGCCUUGUGCAUACCCCGUUAUGGGAGAUUGUUUUGGCUUUUUUGCGUCGCAAUCCGGUCGAGAGACUACCCUCACCAGUCAUCGCAGUCGUUCUCCACCGCCUGUUUCUAGCAAUGGAUUAUCUCCAUACGGAGUGCCACAUUGCGCACACUGAUAUCAAAGCUGAUAACAUCAUGUUCGGAAUCAAAGAUGAUUCAGUCUUCACUGACUUCGAAGCAAAUGAACUUCACAAGCCUGUCCCGAGAAAACAGGUAGACACAGAGGAUAGAACGAUCUACAUGUCUCAGGAAUUACUCAAAGUACCCAAACAAGUCAGCUCUCCAAUCCUUUGCGAUCUUGGCUCGGCCAUAUAUGGUAAUCGGUACCAAUCGGUGUUCAUUCAACCUCAGAUCUACCGAGCACCUGAGGUGAUAUUGGGUGCUCCAUGGACUUUCAGCGCCGAUAUAUGGAAUGUGGGAUGCAUGAUACCGGAGUCGGGCCCACCUUGCCGAGAUGAUCAAUAUCCUCGGCCCCCCGCCUCCCAGCCUGAUUGCCCGAGGGGAGAUGAAAAGACAAAUUCUUCUCGCGUGAAGGCAAGUUCCUUAUUUUCACAGUGCCUGGCCACUUCAGGCAAAUUCUUGAAUCCGGAUCUACUGACAGAUUUAGUACCGCUUGAAAAGAGGGAAACUACCCUUGAACGAAAGGCAGAGAGAGAAUUAUUCCUGAAUUUAAUGCGCAAAAUGCUUCAAUGGGAGCCUGAGAAGCGCAGCUCGGCCAAGGCGCUAGCAGAAGACGAGUGGAUUCACAGCCACAUGUAA